AUGGAUACUAUCCGGUCGCAAACCCAGGGAUCUAACUCCCAAAACUCGAUCCCAUCGGAUCAGAUCACCUCGAACAUCAGUAGCAGCCAAACUGCUGAUGCAUCGAGAGAUCAGAUCGCGUCGAAUGUUGGUAGCCGCCAAACUGCCAACACUUCGAACACGCCGAUCACAUCUGCUACCGCCUCCACUGGAGUGCAGCUUAGCACUCCACCUCGCGUGGAACCAGUGGUGAUCAAUCUCGCCACGCCGGUAGCAACCCCGAGCCCGAUUCUACCGAAUCUGGGUUCGCACACCAUCGAGAGACCUCUCUCUCGAGUUUGGGUCAGAUCGGAAGAUCCCCCAACAACUGUGACUCCACAGAGUCGGACUAUUCCUGUUCGACCUGCAUCUGCGACGCAAACUCCUCCGCGAGCUAGUCCAGAUGAUCUGGCACAGAUCAAACAGCUUCUCACCAACCUGGUAAACGGUCAGCGCGACCACGAAACUAGGCUGGAGAGACAUGAGAGACGCCUCGCUGAAUCUCGAAACAUCACUAGCCCGCCUCCGCGGACUCAGCUCGAUUUUUCGACGAUCUACGCAUCUGGCGUACCUCAGGCGCAAUUCGUUACGCCUUCGCGACCUCAAGUCUCUCAGACUUUCGGUCCACCGCCGAGCUCGCCACCAGUUGGCAUAAAUAACAUGAGCUCGCACCCAAGCGAGACGAGAGCUCAACCAAACGUUCCGCUCUCAUCUCCACCCCCAGGGCCACCUGGUACCGAUCCAGCUAGGCCUAGGUGGUUUGGCGCUUCAGCUUUUGCCUCGAGCUCGCAGGCAAUGCCUCAGUUCGAGAAUCAGCUAGGCGCAACAUACGGUUCACAGCCCUCCGCAACAGCGCGAGAGCACGUGAACGGGAAUUAUCAACAAUUCCCUAGCUCGAACGGUCAGCCCAAUCGAGCUCUCCAAGGAGCUAACCCAAUCAAGCUCCAUAUCCGAUUCCAGCUAAUCGGAAUCCAGCUGAUCCACGUAACCUCGUCGACAGCGAAUCUUUCGAAAGAUUCCAAGAUCGCACAGACCUCGCAUUUCAGCAUAUGA